GCUUAACUUCAUAAACGUUAUCCCACAUUAUCUAAGCUCAUUCUCUUUGUUUCCAUGGCUGCUAUCUUCACACUCUCAUGGCAGUUCUCCUCCCUUCCUCUCUCCUCCAACAACAUAAACUCCCUCAAACCCCUAAACCCACUUCUUCUCCACAAUUUUCUCUCUCCUCUGACCCUAUAAUUCUCUCCUUAAAUCCCAACAAGAGAGAUUUCCUCUUCCAAUCAAUUUCUCUCUGCAUUGCUUCUUUAAUCCUUAAACCCCCUAUUUCUCUUUCUGCAACUGAAGCUCCAUCUUCAUCAAAAUCGAUUUUUUCGGGUAUUUCCAACACCAAAUCAUGGGCACAGUUUUAUGGAGAUGGGUUUUCAAUUCGGGUCCCACCCCUGUUUGAGGAUGUUAAUGAGCCUGAGGAUUAUAAUGCUGGAGCGUCCCUUUAUGGAGAUAAGGUGAAGCCGAAGACGUUUGCAGCACGGUUUUCAUCUCCUGAUGGGUUCGAGGUAGUGAGUGUUAUUAUAAAGUCAUGCAACCAACUGAAAAUCACCUUCUUGGAGGCUCAAGACAUUACUGAUUUAGGUUCUUUAAAAGAGGCAGCAAAGAUUUUCAUUCCAGGUGGGUCAUCACUGUACUCCGCACGUACAAUAAAAAUAAAAGAAGAUGAAGGUUUCAGGACAUAUUAUUUUUAUGAGUUCAGCAGAGAUGAACAACAUGUCGCUCUUGUGGCUGCUGUUAAUGGCGGGAAGGCAGUUGUUGCUGGAGCGACUGCCCCAGAGUCCAAGUGGGAUGAUGAUGGUGUGAAACUUCGUAGUGCAGCAUUGUCUCUGACUCUGUUGUAGUGUUACUUUGACAAUUGAGGUUUUAGCCUUGUCAAGUAGUGUUUCAAUAUUGUGUCUCCAUUUUGGUUGGAUAAAUUACAUUCUGUACGUUGAAGAUUCUUUUUCUUACUGGAGAAUAUUUGUAAAAGUUCAACAUCAAUGUUCUCCUAACUUUUGAUUCUUUUUCAUUGAAAAUGUUCGAGCUAUUUUUCUAAGAAGA